AUGUCUGACUUUGAGGAUUUCAGCAAGCCAGGAGGGCAGGUGAAUGUGUCUGACAGCUACCAGCUGAACCCCACCAGUGUGAUUGUUUCAGUGGUCUUCUCCCUCAUCUUCCUGCUGGGCACCAUUGGCAACAGCCUGGUGCUUGCUGUGCUUCUGCGGAGCGGGCAGGUUGGAUACAACACGACCAAUCUGUUCAUACUCAACCUGAGUGUGGCCGACUUCUUCUUCAUCAUCUUCUGCGUUCCUUUCCAAGCCACCAUCUACUCUCUGGAGGGCUGGGUGUUCGGCUCCUUCAUGUGCAAAGUGGUCCACUUCUUCAUCAACCUCACCAUGUACGCCAGCAGCUUCACGCUUGCUGCCGUCUCUGUUGACCGAUAUCUGGCCAUUCGUUACCCACUGCGUUCCAGAGAGCUACGAACCCCGUGUAACGCAGUAGUUGCCAUGGUGAUCAUCUGGGGCCUUUCCCUGGUCUUUGCGGGUCCUUACUUAAGCUACUACGACCUGAUUGAUUUCGACAACAGUACUGUGUGUAUCCCUGGCUGGGAGGAGCAGAACCGGAAGGUGCUGGACACGUGCACCUUCCUGUUUGGCUACAUCAUCCCUGUGCUGAUUGUGAGCCUCUCGUACACUCGAACCAUCAAGUACCUGUGGACGGCCGUCGACCCUCUGGACGGCAUGUCGGAAUCUAAGAGGGCCAAGCGCAAAGUCACCAAAAUGAUCAUCAUUGUCACCGUGCUUUUCUGCAUAUGCUGGCUGCCCUACCAUGUGGUGAUCUUGUGCUACCUGUAUGGAGACUUCCCUUUCAAUCAGACCACGUAUGCCUUCAGGCUUCUCUCUCACUGCAUGGCCUACGCCAACUCUUGUGUCAACCCCAUCGUGUACGCUCUGGUGUCCAAGCACUUUCGCAAAGGCUUCAAGAAAGUGUUCAGCUGCAUCCUCAGCAAAAAUGGCAGAAAUAAGGUUCAUGUGGUUCAUGUAGCCAACACUGUGCCUGGGUUUGAAGCAGGCUCCACAGAGGUGUCGCAAAUGAAUGAGGAGAACAUACGACAGAAUGAAUGUGAAAUGAUUAACAGGCCAAUCCCAGAGCCAAGAGAAGCCACAGUGACACUGAAUUUGCCCCUUCAGCGGCAGACUUGA